AUGAGGAUAUUUAAUAUCUUUACACUCAUGACCUACUGUCAUUUACUGAACGCUUUUACUGUCACUGUGCCUAAGGACCUACAUGUGGUAGAUUAUGGCAGCAAUGUGACGAUGGAAUGUGUGUUCCCAGUAGAAAAGGAGUUCAACCUGGAUGACUUAGUUGUAUACUGGGAGAUGGGGGACAAGAAAAUUAUUCAAUUUAUGAAUGGGAAAGAAGACUCGAAGGUGCAGCACAGCAGCUACAGACAGAGGGCUCAGCUGCUUAAAGACCAGCUCUCCCAGGGAAAGGCCAUGCUUCAGAUCACAGACGUGAAACUGCGCGAUGCAGGGGUUUACUGCUGCCUCAUCAGCUAUGGCGGUGCUGACUACAAGCGGAUUACUUUGAAAGUCAAUGCUCCCUACCACAAAAUCAACCGGAGAGUUUCUGUGGACCCAGUCACCUCGGAGCAUGAGCUCACGUGUCAGGCCAAAGGGUACCCUGAGGCUGAAGUCACCUGGACAAGCAGUGACCAGCAAGUCCUGAGAGGCAAGACUGUCAUCACCAAGGAGGAGGAGGAGGAGCUUUUCAAUGUAACCAGCACGCUGAGGGUCAACGCAACCGCCAAGGAGGCCUUCCGCUGCACUUUUCAGAGAGCAGGUCUCGAGGAGAACAGUACUGCCGAGUUGGUCAUCCCAGAACAAUUUGAGCCUCCACCAAAUUAUAGGACUCACUUGAUGCUUCUGGGAACCAUUCCUCUGUUCCUUAUUGUGGUGUUAGUCAUCUUCAACCAAAAAAGAAAUGGUAAUUGA